UGCUGGAGAACCGUAGUGACCAAAGUUCUUUGUGUUUGAGUUCAUGCAGUAGCCUCGUACGCUGAAGAAGUUGAACUGUAAGUGAAAAUGCCGAGAUAUAACACAGUAACAGUAACUUUGUCUCCGUUCUGUUGAAUGCCUUUCGACGGUUACGCGUACGGAUUAGAGCCACGCUCCGAGUUGCACAUAUAGUAGUAACGUGACUUGCUUUAAAGGUCGCUUAGCGAACUCUGGUAUGUUAAGAAGACUGACACUACAUGGGCCUGGUAUCUGUUGGAAGGAAACUCGAACUCGUACAAUUUCUCAGAAUAAGGUAGUUAUGUCUCGCAAACUUCAUGCCCGCAGAAUUGAAGGGAUCGACAAAAAUAUAUGGGUGGAAUUCACGCACCUGGCUGCGGAGUACAAAGUAGUUAAUCUUGGACAAGGCUUCCCAGACUUCCCGCCUCCCACCUUCAUCCAGGAGGCGUUUGGCAGGGCGGUCAGCGGAGACUACGCCAUGCACCAGUACACGCGUGCCUUCGGCCACCCACCUUUGGUGAAAAUACUGGCUAAGUUCUUUGGAAGGAUAAUUGGUCGGGAUGUGGACCCUAUGGAAGACUUUCUCAUCACAGUGGGGGCGUAUCAGGCAUUGUUCUGUGCCUUCCAAGCUCUAGUUGAUGAAGGUGAUGAGGUCAUCAUUAUUGAGCCCUUUUUCGACUGUUACUACCCUAUGGUGAAGAUGGCAGGGGGAACAGCUGUAUAUGUUCCCCUCAGACCUAGAGGGAUCUGUGACCAGGCACAGUCUGUCCGAUCUAGUGCCGACUGGGUAUUGUCACCAGAAGAACUGGCCAGUAAAUUUACUCCUCGCACAAAAGCCAUUGUCAUCAACACUCCCAACAACCCACUGGGCAAGGUGUUUCAGAAGGAGGAGCUGCAGGUGAUUGCAGAUUUAUGUGUGAAGCAUGAUGUGAUCUGUAUCAGUGAUGAGGUCUAUGAGUGGCUCACAUAUGACGGAAACAAACAUGUCAAGAUGGCCAGUGUUUCUGGCAUGUGGGAGCGCACUGUUACUAUUGGGAGCGCUGGGAAAAGUUUUAGCGCCACUGGAUGGAAGGUUGGUUGGGCAAUGGCUCCAGCGCACAUAAUGAAGCAUCUGAAAACAGUCCAUCAGAACUCAGUUUACCACACUGCCACAGCAGCCCAGGAGGCUGUUGCCAUGGGGUUUCAGAGAGAAUAUGACAAGUUUGGAACAGAGGACAGUUACUUUGUACAACUGCCGUCUAUGCUCCAUGCUAAGCGUCUGAGGUUGGCACAGUGCCUGGAGAGUGUUGGCCUGCAGACCAUCGUACCCCAGGGGGGAUACUUCAUGAUCACAGACAUAUCCAGUCUUAAGGUUGACUUGAAUGACCCCAGUACUGAAGGUGAACCAUACGACUACAGAUUUGUCAAGUGGCUAAUAAAGGAAAAGGGUUUGGCGACCAUCCCAGUCUCAGCCUUCUACAGCCCUGAGCACAGGGCAGGCUUUGAGAACUACAUCAGAUUCUGCUUCGCCAAGGAGGACUCAACUCUGAAUGCCGCCGAAGACAUUCUGAGACAGUGGAGUAAAGGGAAAUGACAUCACUGGAAACAGGAAAUGGACAUGGUCAAGCCAAGAUCAUCCUUGAGUGUUCAGCCUUUUGUUUUAGUUUAUUCAAACAUUGUUAAAUGUAGAUGAUUACAGGAGAUUUCAUUCCAUCCUCACAUUGCAGAGAAAGAAUAGAAUGCGAAGAAAUAGUGACUGUUGUGGUGUAUUGAGUGAGAUAGUGACAGUUGUGUGGUGUAUAGUGACAGUUAUGUGGUGUAUUGAAUGAGGAGAGAUAGUGACUGUUGUGGUGUAUUGAAUGAGAGAGUGACAGUUGUGUGGUGUAUAGUGACAGUUGUGUGGUGUAUUGCUGCUGUAUCAACACAAGGAAUCAGCUUUUUUAUGUUAAUUUUUUUCUUAUCUUUUGGAUAGAGCAUAAUGGUGAAUAUUGCAGAGGAAACAUUCAGAAAUGUAUUACUGUACAAUAUAGCCAUUUUUAAAUUUACAAAAAUAAAACAUAACAAAUUAUCAUGAACAAAAAACGUGAUGAAUUGUCAAAAUAAAACAGAUAGCCAGUCCUGUCUUACUUAGUUUAUCACAUUUAAUAUAAUUUAGAGACAAUGUCUAUGAUGCCAAAAAUGCCAGCUUAACACUGAACUCAGGUCUAACUAAGGGAAGACAAAAUGACAGAUGAGAGCAGUGUUAGAGCAGGUUCAGAUCUUUGCAGAUCGGGUCCGGAUCUGUUACGGAUCAGGUCCAGAUCUUUAUUGAUCAGGUCUGGCUGAGAGCCUGUGUCACCUUCAGUCUCCUGAUUGCUUCUUGCACAUUUGAAAUCCGAAAAUUUGGUUGAAAAUAAAAAUAAAGAAGG